UGGAUCGCCAUCCGAUGCAGAAUCAUGACUUUAGAUUUUCAUUUUUCCCCAUAAAAAGCACGACCUCGGUGAAGUGCCAUCGGAAAACUCAUCAGGAACAUCAUGGCUCGGAGCAACGCGUGUUGUCUGGUGCUUCUCCUCGUAUGCGGUGCACUUCUGCUGGAUAUGAAUCCCGGGAUGAUGGCGAUCAGCGCUGUAGCUUGUCCUCAGUACUGCUUGCAAGUGGACUACAUGACUUGCCCGUCCACCGGCAGUGAGCACCUGAGUCCCAGGUGCAACUGCUGCCUCGCCCCGAAAGGCUGCACUCUUCACCUGACCGGAGGCGGAUCAAUUUCUUGCAGUUGAAGGAACCGAAAGUCUUCUCGCAACGUUACACGAAACUUUU